AUGGUUCACUUUGGCUUCUUUGAAAACCAUUUUGACAAAAAUACUUGUCUAUGUGCUGUUCCAGGCUCUGGGUGCUUGCUUUUAGUCCAUGCAGUGCCUUCCGAAAGGAAAAUCCUGUCUCUUAGGAAUUUAAUCUAUCCUCACAUCAAGUUCAAAAUUGGUAAUGGGGAAAAUGUGUUCCUGUGGUAUGACAAUUGGCACCCGCUUGGUUCGUUGUGGCAUAAGUUUGGUCCUAGAAUUCUUUAUGACACUAAUCUUCCUGACAGCACCAAGGUCAGCUCUAUAGUCUCUAAUGGUUCUUGGAAGUGGCCUAUCUCUAACUCUUGGGAGAUAAAGGAGUGGAUCUCUUCUACCCCUUUAUCCUUCCUUCCUUCCCUUGGCUCUUCUGAUACUCCGUUUUGGAAUUUGGCUGCUGAUGGUGACUUCUCUAUCCAAUAA